GGACGAAAAGCUGCGUUUCCGGGGGGAAGGCUUAGGCGGUGACACCGAGCCCAGCCUCCUCCACCCCCCACCACGCUCGGGGCCCUCCCUCCCUGCCACCACCAUCCGCGCUCGGCCGGCCGCGGGGAAGGAAGAAAGGAGCAAAGGAGGCGGAGGCAUGGAUCCGCAGCCUCCUCCACCAGCCCAGGGCAGCCCACCUCACCGUGGCCGGGGCCGGGGUCGUGGCCGGGGCCGGGGUCGUGGCCGAGGCCGUGGCAGGGGGGGCGCUGGAGCUCCUCGGGCGCCCCUGCCCUGCCCCACCUGUGGCCGCCUCUUCCGCUUCCCCUACUACCUCUCCCGGCACCGGCUGAGCCACUCGGGCCUGCGGCCCCAUGCCUGCCCCCUAUGCCCCAAGGCCUUCCGCCGGCCUGCCCACCUCUCGCGCCACCUGCGUGGCCACGGGCCGCAGCCCCCGCUGCGUUGCGCCGCCUGCCCCCGCACCUUCCCUGAGCCUGCCCAGCUCAGGCGCCACCUGGCCCAGGAGCACGCGGGCGGCGGGGUUGAGCUGGCCAUCGAGAGGGCAGCCAAGGAGGCGGCCGGGUCCGGCUGGAGCCCGCAGGACAAGGGCGCCGAGCAGCCCACCUCUGCAGCAGCGGGCGCCGCGGAGGAAGAGGUGGAGGCGGCGGCGCGGCCCGACACGUGGUCCGCGGGGGAGCCGGCCACGCUGGCGGCCGCCACGAGCGCGGAGCCCCGCGAGUCGGAGGAGGAGGAGGCCGAGGCCGGGGCGGCGGAGCUGAGGGCCGAGCUGGCGCUGGCGGCCGGACGGCAGGAGGAGAAGCAGGUCCUGCUCCAGGCUGACUGGACGCUGCUGUGCCUCCGCUGCCGUGAAGCUUUCGCCACCAAGGGCGAGCUCAAAGCGCACCCGUGCCUGCGCCCCGAGGGCGAACAGGAGGGCGAAGGGGGGCCCCCGCCCCGUCCCAAGCGCCACCAGUGCUCCAUCUGCCUCAAGGCCUUCGCCAGGCCCUGGUCGCUGUCCCGCCACCGGCUGGUCCACUCCACCGACCGCCCCUUCGUGUGCACGGACUGUGGCCUGGCCUUCCGCCUCGCCUCCUACCUCCGCCAGCACCGUCGCGUCCACGGCGCGCUCAGCCUCCUGGCCCCGCUGCCCGCGGCGGGCAAGAAGGACGACAAGGUGUCGGGCGGACGGACCUCAGGGAAGGGGCCCGAGGGGGGCGAAGGGGCAGAGUGUGGGGGCGCCUCGGAGGGUGGAGAAGGCGGGCAGAACGGAGGGGAUGCCGCCCCGGCCCGGCCCCCCGCCGGGGAGCCCCGAUUCUGGUGCCCCGAGUGCGGCAAAGGUUUCCGGCGCCGUGCGCACUUGCGGCAGCACGGGGUAACCCACUCUGGGGCGCGGCCCUUCCAGUGCGUGCGCUGCCAGCGGGAGUUCAAGCGGCUGGCCGACCUGGCCCGCCACGCGCAGGUCCACGCGGGCGGUCCGGCCCCGCACCCGUGCCCGCACUGCUCGCGGCGCUUCUCGCGCGCCUAUAGCCUCCUGCGCCACCAACGCUGCCACCGCGCUGAGCUGGAGAGGGCCGCCGCCGCGCAGCAGGCGCUCCAGGCCCAGGCCCCGCCGUCGCCCCCGCCGCCCCCGCCGCCCCCCGCUGGCCAGGAGGAGGAAGGGCUUCCGCUGCCCAUCGCACACAUCAAGGAGGAGCCGCCCUCCCCGGGGACCCCACCUCGGCCGCCGCCGGCACCCCCCGUCUUCCUCAGCGCCUCCUGUUUUGACAGCCAAGACCACUCAGCCUUCGAGAUGGAGGAAGAAGAGAUCGACAGCAAGGCUCACCUGCGCGGACUGGGGGGCCUGGCCUCCUGACCCGCACACCCAUCCUCAGCCCCUCCGUUUGACCUCCCGGUUUGCAAUAUUAAGGAGGGAAGUUGAAGGAGAGGAACCUCCUCUGUGUACCCACCCUUCCCCUUCUAGCCCUCGACACUAAGGAGGGAGGAGGCUGGGCCGCCCCUCCCUCCCCAUCGCCCACCCCCAGACCCCCCUGAUGCUGGUUAGAAACUGCUCACCCCACUUCUGAAGGCAGGACGCUGAUUCAGGAGGUGGGGGACACUGGCCAGAGGGAUGGACACUGAGGCGGGGGCCCCCGGCCUGGCUGUCCCCCGUUACACACACUGGACACCAUCACCUCUUUGGAACUGCCAGACCCUAUGGGGGGUCCCCAGUGAGCAAAGGUCUGUCCCUGUCCCUUUGUCUGUCUGUGAAUAAAUGUGAGUUCGUGGAACUGGA